GUGAAAAAGGCGAUGGAGGAAUUCAGCAGAGCCAACCCCAACGUGCCGGCCUGCAGGGAGACUUGGAAGCUCCAUAUCUUGGUCCCUCUGAGCUGUGACAUCUAUGAUGACCUGGAGAAAGCUGACAGCAACAUCCAGUACCUGACAGACCUCAGCGAAACCACCCUGACUCGAGCUGGCACUAAAAAAAGGGUCUACAAGCACAGCCUCUAUAUGAUCAGGGAUGAAGACAAGGUAAAGGUACUCCCAGGUUUCAGCAGGUUUCUGCAGGAUGGAGAGGUCCUGUCCAUGCUGGCCACCUGCAUCCCUUCCUCCUGCCUGCCUCCUCCAGGCCCAGCCCUUGCAGGGAUGUUGGGCUCCACUUAACCCCUCCUGGAGUUGAUUUAAAUCUGGAAAACAGCAGAAAACUGAGCAGAAAAAAGCAGAUACGGGGUCCAGAACAUCAUUUCCCAUGGGAUGAAUGAAUAUUUCCUUUUGUUGUGAAGAGGUGCUUGAAAACUUUUCUGUGAGUUCAUUAUAUAAAUUUGACUCUCUCCCCCCAGUCACCUCCUCUGGGCUGAUGAGACCUAAAUCCCUCCAUCUCACAUCGCAUUCAACUCCACCCACAUCUCCAGGCAGAUGGGCCUCUGCCCCUGCGCCCUCGGAGGAGGGAACCCAUUGGUCCUGCUGACACAGCCGCGGACGGAGGUGUUGGCAAGAGCGCUGCUCCUCGCCUGGGUCUCCCUAACUUGCCCUUUGAUGAUGGCUGAGCGCUGAGCUGUGGCUUCUAAAGCUCUUUCUGCAGGGACUCCAGAGCCUCUUUCCUGGCCCUGCUCCUGGGGAAGUACAAUCAGCGCCGGGUUUUUCCUGCUACGAUGCUGUGUUUCAUCUGCCAGUCUCCUGCUGAGUCACUCGGCACCGAGUGAGCUCCAGCAGCUCUGCAGCCUGGACCUGUCCUGACCCACUGCGCGUUGUCACUAAAAUCUGUCCCUGCACUUGCUGCCCGGUGGCGGGUGAGCCCCUGCACGGUGGCGAUGCCAGCUCCCAUCCUUGGCACCUUCAUCCGAAGGCUGGUAGCUCUUCCUGCUACACUGCCUUUACCCAGGGAUCCCACCCCUCUCCCUUUCAAUGCACUUCAUUAAACUUCCCAGUUUGGCCAGUAUAAGACUUACUGGUAACCCUGCUUCUCCCUGGAAUUUUUAUGGCCUUAACAAAUCUCUCGUUUGUUUGCUCAGCCUCUUUCUAGCUGUGCAUUCACCUUCCCAGCCUUUAUCCUCCUCAGUUCUCCUACUCUCCAUUACGAUGCUCAGAGCUCCCCUCCUCUAGCAGAAAAGUCACCGGGAAGGUGAGGUCAGACACGGGCAAGGGGCAUCUCCACGAAGGACCAAACUUCACGGGGAAUAUCGUUCCCCAGGCCGUGGCUUAGGAGUGCUGCCAAAGCUGGUGGCUGCACCCUGGGGUCCUGUGGGAGGGAGCCUCCUGAGCCCCCCCGACACGUGGGGCACGGCCGUACCCACCUCCCUGAGAGAAGAGUCGCUCAAUGCAGGGCAGUGUCCCUGUCCCAGGGGUCCAGCGCAGGGCAGGCCACGGCGACGCAGAGGGGUCUUAAGGGCUCAGCAAUAGCGUCCCCCAAGCAGCCCUUUGCCAGGUGCUCGGUCUGCCUGCCCCCACUUCUUUUUCUUCCA